GGACGAGGAUGGGACCAGCCGCGUUCCUCGGCCUCUGCCUGCUGGGCUUCCUGGCGCUGCCCUCCCUGCCAGGGGUGCAGGCGAACAAGUGCCCCAAGGGCUGGCUGGACUUCAGGGGGAGCUGCUACGGGUACUUCGGGCAGGAGCUCACCUGGAGGAAGGCAGAGGCUUGGUGCAAGGUGAUCCACGCCGGCUGCCACCUCGCCUCCCUGCACAGCCCCGAGGAGCACACAGCCGUCGCCAGGUUCGUGGCCAAGUUCCAGCGCAGCGAGGAGGAGGACAAUGUCUGGAUCGGCCUCCACCACUGGAACCAAGCCCAGGUGUGGAUAGACGGCUCCAAGAAGCGCUACUCUGCCUGGGACGACGACGAAUUCCCCAGGGGAAAGUACUGCACAGUGCUGGAGGGCUCCUCGGGUUUCAUGUCCUGGGAGGACAACCCCUGCAGCGAGAGGAACCCCUUCAUCUGCAAAUACUCAGCCUAGAAGCGGGGCCGCGAGCGAGCCGCCCCCAGCCCUGCCGUCACCCUGCACCCCGUGUCCCCCCGCCCCGGUGCCUGCU